GCACAACCUGGUCGUCGCUGCUUCUGCUCGCUGCCCUGGCCCCCUGGGGUCAUGAAUCCACGAUGGCGCGUGGGAAAGCUUGCCGUCCCUGCCCUGCCCUGUCUGCCCUGCCCAGUGCCCACCCCUCUCUGCCCCUUGGAGCCCUGGCCUCAAUCUCCUGACCGCGGUGGGCUUGGUGGGCCUAUGGUUGGCGCACAGCGCCACGGCCACCAGCGGGAGAGGUGGGACGCGGUGAGACAGGCCUGGGAGGCUACUGUAGGAGGCUAGGAGGCUAGGAGGCGAGGAGGUCGAGGGAGGCCCAACCGGUUGACGAGCGGCGGCCCCUCAGGAGAUCAAGGCGGA